AUGGUGAGGGGAUUCAUGUGGCUAGAACAGGGGGUAUGUGGCAGGGUAGCUGGAGGUGUGGCAGGGUGGCUGGAGGCUAGACAGGGCUCAGUGUUGGGGCUUGCUGAAGGAGGCCCUGUAUUCUCCAGGCUGCAAGGAGGCUUGAUCCUGUGGGCAGUGGGAGCCAUCGGAGGUGCUCUGUCAACCUGUGCUGAGAAGUGGGCUCUGGCAGUGGUAAGGUGAGAAGCCCAGGGCUAAAGGUAAAGUCUGGAUGAGGACAACCAGGGGUGCUUGAUGAGUCUGAAUUAGGCAUGGGGAGGCCAGUGCUGGAAUUAGCAGUCAAGAAAAAGAAGGGAAAAAGGACUGGGCAUGGUGGCUCAUGUCUGUAAUCCCAGCACUUUGGGAGGC